AUGACGCUCAAAAUAAUCCCCCGUCCGGUCAUUGCCAUUGCCGGUCUUGCUUGCGAAACCUCGACCUUCUCCCCCGCUCGGACGGUCAGCCGGGACUUCCAUCCACGCCGGGGUGCGGAGAUCAUCGAGAAAUACAAGUUUUUGCAGGAGGGAACACCAUUGGCAAACGCGGCAUGUUGGGAAGGAGCUCUCAUCGGCCACGCCCUACCAGGCGGGAUUGUGGUUCGGAGAGAUUUCGAACAGCUGGCCAGCGAGAUCAUGACAAGGCUGCACCAAAUUGUCGCGGCUACUCCGAUUGAUGGGCUUUGGUUUGAUAUUCAUGGAGCGAUGUGCGUGGAGGGCCUGGAUGACGCGGAAGCCGAACUGCUGCGUCGCAUUCGAACCGUGGUUGGCCCCGACGUGGUGGUCUCAUCGUCGAUGGACUUGCAUGGGAAUGUCUCCAGAACGCUGGCGCACGGCACAGACCUGAUAACCUGCUUCCGAAUGGCCCCGCACGAAGACGCUAUGGAAACAAAGGAGCGGGCAUGUCAAAACCUGGUGGAUAUCUUGACUGCGCCCACACGGACCGGGAAACCACGAAAGCCUUACAAGGCAUGGGUUCCGAUUCCUAUCUUGCUCCCCGGGGAGCAGACCUCGACACGGAUGGAGCCAGCCAAAAGUCUAUAUGAUCUCGUUCCAGUCGUCGAAGCGAUUCCAGAAAUACUCGACGCGGGGAUUUGGGUGGGAUAUGCGUGGGCGGAUGAGCCUCGAAACCAUGCGGUGGUGAUGGUCACUGGCUGGGACAAGGCCACAGUCAUGAAUCAAGCAAAGCGGCUUGCCGCGCAGUUUUGGAAAUAUCGUGAGGACUUUCAUUUUGUGGCGCCCGCCGGCUCAUUGGCCAAAUGCCUGGAUACUGCAUUUGCAUCGUCCAAGAGACCCUUUUUCAUAUCCGAUUCGGGAGACAAUCCCACUGCGGGAGGCUCUGGGGAUGUGACUUCGAGUCUGAUCGAGUUAUUAGCACGAAGGGAACUGCAGGGCAAGACCGGUAUCACCAUGAUAUAUGCCAGCAUUCCGGGACCCGAGGCAAUCGACGUCAUGAUCCAAGCUGGAAUCGGUGCCACAGUAACAGUCACCGCCGGAGCUCAGGUUGAUAACAUUCAUUCAGGGCCCGUGACCAUGACCGGCAUCGUAUUCUCAAUCAAACACGGAGAUCUCAAUGCCGAAGUGGAGGCAGUUUUACAGGUUGGACAACUGUUUGUCAUUGUGACAAAGCGACGGAAGCCAUAUCAUCACGAAAGCGAUUUCGUUGACCUUCGCCUAUAUCCACGCCAAGCCGACGUGGUGGUUGUGAAGAUUGGCUACCUUGAGCCAGAGCUGUUUGAUAUGGCCGCCGACUGGAUGCUAGGGCUGACACCCGGGGGAGUGGAUCAGGACCUACUACGUCUAGGUCAUCAUCGAAUCCACCGUCCGAUGUGGCCGUUUGACAAAUCACUCUCUGAGCUGCCCGAGCCUACUUCGGAGCUCAUCCCGCCCUCUGACGAGUCGCUGUGA